UCCAAUCAUUGCAAUGGGCGGCGUGGGUAAGACAACAAUUGCUAAAGCCGUUUACAAUGAUGAGAAGGUGAAGGACCAUUUUGGUUUGAAAGCUUGCUUUUGUGUUUCUGAGGCAUAUGAUGCUUUCAGAAUAACAAAAGGGUUACUUCAAGAAAUUGGCUUAGCAGUUGAUGAGAAUCAUAAUCAGCUACAAGUCAAAUUCAAGAAAAGCCUAAAGGGAAAGAAGUUUCUUGUUGUCCUUGAUGAUGUGUGUAAUGAUAACUAUAACGAAUGGGUUGACUUGAGAAAUCUUUUUGUACAAGGAGAUUUGGGAAGUAAGAUCAUUGUAACUACACAUAAGGAAAAUGUUGCAUUGAUGAUGGGUGGUGGAGCAAUCAACAUGGGAACUUUGUCUAGUAAAGUCUCUUUGGCUUUACUCAAACGACAUUCACUAGAAAACAGGGUUCCUGAGGAACAUCCAGAAUUUGAAGAGGUUGGAAGAAAAAUUGCAGAGAAGUGCAAAGGGUUGCCUUUAGCUCUAAAGGCACUUGCUGGUAGUUUACGUUGCAAAUCAGAGGUGGAUGAGUGGAGACACAUUUUAUGAAGUGACAUUUGGGAAAUUCUAAGUUGUUUGAAUGGUAUAUUACCAGCGUUGAUGUUGAGCUACAAUGAUCUUCUUGCACAUUUGAAGCAAUGUUUUGCUUUUUGUGCAAUAUAUCCCAAAGAUUAUCCAUUCCGCAAAGACCAAGUUAUUCACUUGUGGAUUGCUAAUGGGCUUGUACAACAGUUCCGUUCAGGUAAUCAAUACUUCCUUGAGUUGAGAUCAAGAUCACUAUUCGAAAUGGUUCCAGUGUCUUCUGAAAGAGACUUAGAGAAAUUCUUAAUGCAUGACCUUGUGUAUGAUUUGGCCCAAAUUGUAUCUUCUAAACUUUGUAUUAGGUUGCAAGAGAACAAAGGAUCGCAUAUGUUGGAACAAAGUCAGCACACUCUCUGAGAAGCCUCGAAUGAUAGUAUUCCAAGUGAAAGAAGUUGGAUUUUCUAUGUGAGUGAAAACCAAGUUUGCAUAAUUGAUGUCACCGAUAGGUGGAGACUUGGCUGAAAAAUGCAAGACGCAGGCUAGCUGCUAUUUUAUCCUUGACUAGAUCACUUUUUAUGAGAUGAGCAUGAAUCUUUUUGAGGGCUGUCACAGUGGUACAUUUGGUUUCUGACAUAUGAAGAUAAGGUUGAUCUAAGAUGAACUUAGAAAUGGAACUUGAUGAACAAACACUUGAUGACAUCUCUGUUUUUUGUUGUUGUUUUGAUGUUGGAAAAUGUAUCAACAAUGUGUAGAAAGAGAGCAAUUUGUUGAGUGUGAGAAGCAACUCCCAAGUGGCAUAAUAGAUAAGGUAUUUAGGCCUAUUGGUUCUCAACUCAAUCACUUUAGUAUUAGGCUGAUUUAAGGUCACUCACACCUUUCCUUAAUUUGUUUUUCCUUUUUUCUCAUUUAUUUAUUUACUUUUCUCUAUUUUUUUUAAUGAUUUUCCCCAUUUUUCUCCUA